GCACUUUCAAGUUAACCAACUGCAUUCUGAAUUCGUUUGCAUGCGAAUCUGGCAUGGUUUGCGAUGAUCCCUGCAUUCCAGUUCGCGCUGGGACACCAGGUGUUGCAGGGCCUCGUGACCGUGGGGCGCUAUGAUGGCAAACGGCCCUGCCUCUCUGCUGGAACCACCGCAGGGAAGGUGCUGAUCCAUUGCCCUCACAACCGCGUUGAGAACCCUCAGAAUGAGGUGAUGUUUCUGAACAUCAACCGCAAGAUCACAUCCGUGGUUACCGGCAUGUUGAACCCGGCGCUCCAGCGCGAUGUGCUGAUGGUGGGCACCCAGACGUCACUCAUGGUCUACGACGUCGAGGAGAAUGCCGAUCUCUUCUUCAAGGAAGUGCACGAUGGCGUCAAUGUCAUUGCCUUCGGACAUCUUCCUGCCAUCGAACAGCCCGUGUGUGUCGUCGGUGGCAACUGCUCCGUUCAGGCCUUCGACGCGGAAGGGAGCGAGCUCUAUUGGACGGUGACAGGCGAUAAUGUGAGCUCCUUGGCCUUUUGCGACGUGGACGACGACGGACACCCGGAGCUGCUGGUGGGCACCGAAGACUUCGAGAUCCGCGCGCUCAAGUCGGAGGAAGUCCUCAAAGAGAUCACCGAGACCGAUGUGGUCAUCCGCAUCAAGCCCUUGCACAAGUGUCGCUUCGCCUACGCGCUCAUGCAUGGCACCGUGGGCGUCUACGACAAGCUUUCACGUGCAUGGCGAGUGAAGUCGAAGAAUCGAGUCAACUGUAUCGAUUGCUUCGACUUGGACAACGACGGCGUUCCCGAGCUGAUUGCAGGAUGGGAGAAUGGCAAGGUGGAGGUCCGCAACGAGAAGAGCGGCGAGGUCAUGUGCAAGGACUACUUUCAAGCUCCAGUGGCCGCCUUGGUGCACGCGGACUAUCGCCUGGAUGGACGUGAGACGUUGAUGUGCUUGACCUCGGAGGGCGACGUGCGUGGCUGGCUGCCAUCCAGUAGCGGAGCUGAACACAGUGGCCUCCGGAGUGGCGUGGCUGCACAAGAGGCGAAGGAGAAUGACAAUUGGCGAGACCUCCAGGCUCAAAAGGCCAAGCUCACGCAGGAACUGGCCAGCUUCAAGGAACAGCUGAAGCAGUACAAGUCAGAUGGCAAAGAGACGGGACAAGGAGUGAUUCCAACCGAUACGAAGCUCAACGCCUCGUUGAAAGCCAACAAAGCUCAUGGCACGGUGGAGCUGCAUUUGAUGACCACGAACUACUCCGUGAUCCGCGCGGUGGUGAUCUUUGCUGAGCACCUCUUCGAUGGCGAGGCCUGUAUGUUGCAUCCGUUGCCACCCUCCAACAAUGUCAUCGUGCAGAUCUCGCCGGCCAAGGACGUGCAGACCACCAUGAGCAUCAAGGCCAUGACGGGUGUCACCGUGAGCAGCGUCCAGUAUCACGUCUUCGAGCUGAACUACGUGAUGCCGAAGUUCGCCAUGUAUCAUCAGGUGGACGAAGCUCCAGUGCCCAGUGGAACCGUGAACUUUGUGGUUCAGGAGCGGCCCAACCACAUUUGGUCGUGGCUGCAGCGCUCCUUCAUUUCGAUUCCCGAACAGAUGCCGGCGCCCAGCGGUGCCAACGUGCUGGAGGUGAAUUUCAUCUCCCUUCGCACGAACGAGCCAUUGUGCAUCACCGUGAGCAAGGAGCAGGCAGGGCUGAUGACCAUCCGUACCGAUGACAUGGAGACGGCGGGUGAAAUGGUGCAAGACCUUUGCAACUUCUUGCAGGUGACGGAGCUGGAGAGUACUGCGAACUUUCCCGCAGAGAUGGAGAAGUUCCAACAGGUCCUCACGCGAGUGGACGAGUACAACGCCGUCCGCAUGAAGUUGACGGCUGAGAUGGCUGACAGUGCCAACCUGGUCAAGGCCAGAGGGUGGAUAAGACUGGGGGAGAGUCUCAGAUCAAGGAUAGUUGGUGAAGCUUGUGGAGAGCUUGAACCAGAUCCAUCUGCGGACGAGGCUUGGAAGCAUCAGUUUCAGAAGCUGCGCCUGGUGUGACGAUGAGGAGCUGGUGCUGGGAGCAGUUCUUGGAAAGGGAACGUUGAAUUAUGGGGAGUGUUGAGUAUUGCAAGAAAGGUGUCAGCUAGGCAAGCAGGCUUCCAUCCAGGCAGCUGCAUAGCAGGACAAGUGUUUGCGCAGAGAGACUUUAACGGCUGGUGGGUGGGGAUUCGGGCAACCAAGGAACCAUCUGAAAACCGUUCAAUGUUUGUUUGGCAACAUAUUUUUAGUAUUGGGGGGAUUGUAUUGGUGGGCUCUUGCCACACUCCAACACAGAUCGGCUACUAAGCGCCUGGUGUACCAUGCGCCCUUGCUCGUGGUUUCCUAUUCCAGCCCAGCAGUUCCAAAAAGCCAGGCAAAAUGCGGUGUUUUGAGGCACGAGGAUUUUAGCUUGAAGUUGCUGGAGGCUGUCGGCACGGUCGACGUUUUGAUUUGCCCCCACACUGGAGAGGCAGCUUGCUUGACGCCCUUGGCAGGUGGGGUCCUGAAGCACAACCAACAAGCUUUUGGCCUUCGCCCGUGUGCUUCAGUCCUGUUGCCGGCUCCGCGGUUUUCAGGCGACAUGCUUCUCAUCUUACAGCCCAAGAUUGGCCACUUGAAAGUGCGGCAGCUCCCUUUUCCAGCCACGCCUUCCCAGGUCAAUCGCCAAGUUGAAAACGGACCAAGGCUGCGGCUAAAUGGUCAUCACGGGCUUGGCAAGGUUUGUGAACAAUUACCGAGCGUGGCAGUGAGAUUCAGCUGCGGCGAGGAAUAUCCAUUGCCUCAGCUGCCUCCACCUAACCUGCCACCGAAAGACCGCAGGCGGCCAAAGGCCAAGGCUAAGUCAGACGGCGGGAAGCCAGCUGCAACUGAGGCCCUGAGGUUGACUGAGAAAUGUUGGGGUGCGCAUGUCUCAGAAAUGGACCAUCUAUUUCUCAAACGUGAUUCGGGCCAAGAAUAGGCACUAACCCACGCAAGCUUCUAUUUAGCAUUCCAUCUAUUUUGUCGGCGCGUGUAUUUUUGUCUGUGUGACCUUCAAAAUUCAAAAGUAUCCACAAUUCAAGCCCGAAACCACAGCUCGCUGCUGCAUUGGAGGGGUGUCAAAGAGACCAUGGGCCUCAGCUUUGAAUCGUAGGCAGUUUUGGAUCGUUGGACGCAAGAGUGGGAACAAAGUGAGAGAAGACAGUGCAGUGUACCACGCAAGCGGAUGGUAUGCCGGUAUGCCAGUGAGGAUGGAGGAUGGAGGAGUCGGUAUGCCUCUCAGCGUCGCCCACAUGGCCAGAUAUUCCAUGGAUACCCACGCAGGCCCUUCCCGUGCGCGCCACUGGAGCAACCUUGGCACAGGUCUCUUGGGUUCCGGGUUGGCUUUCUCUGCGUUUGUAGUGCCAAGGGCGAACCCAAUCCGGUCGUUCGGGUCCGGCGUUUCUCCGGUUUGCACCAGGUGUUUCCUCGAGUUCACUUCUCAGGUUUUUGGGGAGAACGAGAGCACGCGACUCCAUGCCGGUUUAGGCUCAAGGGACGAUGAGCGGUCCCCCAGGGUCAGCUCUUCCCUUGGCCACCGGUUUGGAGGAAACGACAACGUGAUUGACCCGCACGUUGCUGGGGAGCUUUGGUUUGUUUUGGCUGGUUGGUUUUCCUGGUUCUGGGUCCUACGGUGUCAUCCCUGUGGUGACUCGUGGCUGAUCUGAAGGGGGUCUGGUUGGGCUUGGUAGGCGCAGCCAAGGUACAAGACGGAACGGCAAGACAGGGGGAACGAUAGCUGAAUGUGAAAGCAGGGAUGCAAGUACGGUGACCGUCGACGCCGGGCUUUGUUCGUCUCGCGGCUCAGCCUUAGACACCCCGAAGAAGUGACAGCCAGGCUGC